AUGUUGGGUAAAGUAGCGUCUAAAAUCGGGCUGGCCGAAAAAGGGAUCUAUAUCCCGAAUCUGAUCUGCGACAGUUGUGGAAUGGAGGAAGAGGAUGCUAACCAUAUUUUCGCUUCCUAUCUCUUCGCUAGGAGUAUUUGGUGGAACGUGUUUGUCUGGUUAAGGAUCCCAUUUCCGAUAAUGGCAUCCUCUCUUUCAGAUUAUUUUGAAAGUAUUAAAUCCUACCCGGGUUCCUCCAAAUGGAGAAAAAUUGUUCAGAUGGUCGCUUUUGCUACAACUUGGAGGAUCUGGGUUGCUCGUAAUAAGAAGACCUUCGAUAAUUGCUUCGUCCCGGUCAAAAAGACAAUGGAGAUGAUCAAGGAAGACUCGUUCUUGUGGUUGUGCCAUAGGACAAAGCUGCCCUCGCCGACUUGGGUUAAAUGGUUUGACUUCGAUGUGUCCGACUUAUUGUAA